UCGCAACUUCAUGCAAAUUGACGGGCUGAGAAUUGUUGACUAUUCCUCGGUUGCUGGGGAUUCGACUGAUGCGAUAGCUAGCUGUUCUUGAGUCACUGUCUGAGGAGAUACACUAUCGCCGCCCACAGCAGUGCCUCUGAAGUCCAGUUCCAGCUCAAAUCUUCGAUCUACCCAAACACGCCAAGCGGUACAUAGGAACCUACCAUUCUGCAGCAUGAUUGAGCUAGGACUCGCACGCAUCCAGACUCUGCUUCAGCGGACACCGCAGACAUGGAAAGCGAUACAUGUCGCUGGCACCAACGGCAAGGGUUCGAUCUGUGCUUACUUGGAAGCCAUGCUACAUGCCAAUAACAUUGCAUGCGGCAGGUUCACCUCGCCUCAUCUGAUUGACCGAUGGGAUUGCAUCUCCAUCAAUGCGAGAGCUGUGCCUGAAACCAAGUUUCGGCAUUUCGAGAAUUUGGUCAAGAAGAGGAACGAAGAUUUGCGGGUCGGCGCAACCGAGUUCGAGCUGUUGACAGCCACUGCGUUUGAGAUCUUCGAGGCGGAGAAGGUCGAGGUCGGUGUGAUCGAGGUUGGACUCGGCGGCAGACUCGAUGCAACGAACGUACUUAAGGAAAAAGCCGUCACUAUCAUCUCCAAGAUAGGGUUUGACCACCAAGCCAUACUAGGCAAUACUAUCGAGGACAUAGCCCUGCAGAAAGCAGGAAUCAUGCAAGCAGGAGUGCCAUGUGUGGUUGAUGCUAGCAAUUCCGAGCCGGUACGGCUUGUGUUUGACUCACAUAGUCUGCAGACUGGAGCACCUCUCAAGUACGUCAGUCCUGGCCCCAGUGAGCUGAUGAAGAGCUUGAAAAGCUUGCGGCCGCACCAAGCCCAAAACUUAGCGCUUGCCCACGAGGCCUUCCGACUUGCAUAUCCCCAAUUUGCAGAGUCUGUAGGCAUUCUUGUUCCUGCCAUCAGAAACAUGUCGUGGCCGGGUCGACUGCAGAUGGUCGACAUUCAAGCACUCACCAGCCGCAAGGAGAAGGUCCUGUUGGACGGUGCUCACAACCCGCAGUCAGCAGAAGUCCUUGCUGCCUAUGUCAAUGAGCACCUUCGACAUUGCGCCAGCCCCGCCAAGCAACAGCAGCCACUGAUAUGGGUCCUUGCGGCAUCUAAGGGGAAAGAUUUAGGUGAGAUCCUGAAGCUCCUUCUUCGCCCAGGCGACUCGGUAGUAGCUGUUGAAUUUGGGCCAGUUGACGGGAUGCCAUGGGUGCAACCAAUGGAAUCGGAAGAGAUUUUGAAGCAAUGCCCGGUUGAUGUCACGAAACAUGACGCGCAGAAGGACUUAGCGGCGGCUCUCGACUGGGCAAGCAAGACAGCAGACAAGUCACCACUAGUCAUAGCCGGAAGCCUGUACCUGGUCUCCGACGUACUCAGGCUGUUGAGGGGACACGUAACAUCGAAUUCACAGGAUAGCUCGUGCCCUCAUAAAGAAACCAUUUAGUUAAAACACUCUUCACCAUUAAUCGUACCAUGUGGUACACUACUGUGUGCUUACAAAGUUCUGUUAUUA